CGGGGGGCGUGGCCGGCGGCCGGUCCGUCAGCGGCGCCGCGGCCGUGACAACAAAGGGCUCUGGAGGCGCCGGGGACGCGGAGCGGGCGGGUCGCGGUCCGGUUCACAUAAACUGUUUACAAGUCAUGCCUCUGCAUGUCCCGUACCUAAGCUGAUAAAGCAUCUAUGCACUUUAAUCUCAAGUCUAUGCCACUCUGCUAGUACAGUGUUAGCUGUGCCUUGAACCUUGGAUAUAAAGACCUACCAGCCAAAGUCUUGUCCUGCCUUAGUAAUGUUUCAGAGGUUAAAUAACAUGCUCAUGGGAGAGAUUGAUAGCUUGUCCAGCCAAGAGCCAGAGUUCAGUGAGAAAGAAGACGACGAGUGGAUUCUGGUUGACUUUAUAGCAGACACUUGCACUAAUUGUUCUGUGGAGGAAGCAGACAUUGUUGAAGAAUCAACCACGGACGGCUCGCCUGUCUUCUCUUGUUUAUCGUCUCCCUUGGAACACUUGCCGGAGGCCAGCGAGUCUUGCUUCAUCCAGUUUGAGUCAUGUCCUAUGGAGGAGAGCUGGUUUAUUACCCCUCCCCCAUGUUUUACUGCAGGUGGAUUGACCACUAUCAAAGUGGAAACCAGUCCGAUGGAGAACCUCCUAAUAGAGCAUCCCAGCAUGUCUGUGUAUGCUGUCCAUAAUGCCUGUCACAGCCUUAAUGAGACUGGAUGUGGAAAUGAGGAGUUUCACAGCCCAGGUAGUCCCAGACUGGAGGCCCGAAAUGAAACAGGACAGCGUGUUCACUGCUAUGUCACAGCUCUUGCUACUCGUUCAACUUUUCUGGAAAAAAACAAGAGCUUUCGUCCUACCCACUGGAUAAAAGAACAUAAUGAAAGACACUGUCUCAACAGAAACAGUCUCCGUCGCCAAAACCUUACCAGGGAUUGCCACUCUCGGCAAAUCAAGCACAACGGACUGUUUGUUCACCAGCCUUGCCAGCGUCAGUUCAAUUACUGAUGGUUCUUGUGGUUUUAAUCUAUGGUCUAAUUGUUUUUUAGGUUGCUCUGUUUUCAUGUGUAGGUAAGUGUGGUCAAUCCGAAGCUGAUUGUCAACCCUCAAACACAAUCGUAACUAGCGUUGCAUUCUUUUGAAAAGACACAUAAAUCUCCAAACAUCUUGCAGCGAGUUCUGAAUGUUGAUGUUAAAUAUCAGUGUCUUGGAAGCCUAUCAGUACGAUAGUUUGUGUGCUGUUUUAUAAACUAUGAUGUAUAGAUGGGUUCUUAGUUAGUAUUUUAAAGAAACUUAACUGAGAUGGAAAUCAGUUACAUUUUGCAUUAAUCAAAAUGGAGUUAGAAAAAUUGAGGUUAGCUGUAUGCUUUAAUGACCAGUACUUGACAGCUUGUGUAUCUGUCUGUAUUCAGCAUAUAUGAUUACUUUCUAACAAGGAAAUUCUAUAGCUGCCAGUGGAUAUUACAUAGCUGUGCUGAGCUGUUGCAAGAAGGACAUCUCAUCUAAAUUGCCUAGUACCUAUUUGUGUUUGUGAGUCUGUGUAGGUGUGUUGGGUACUUGAUAUGGAUAUUGGAAGAGGGUUAAAUGUCCCUCCAAUAUUGUUGCAGUAUGAUAUGGCACUGGUGUUACAGAUGUAGUACCUCACAGUGGAAUGGAAAGAAAAGUGGACCUAUGGGUAAAGUGCAGAUGCACAACACACAGAGAACUGAACUGGGUUUUACUUGGUACAGUUUGAGUUCUUACUCCUUUCUCUAACUCUUUCUGUCUUUGAUACAUGUAUUUCCCCUACCUUAUCUCAUUUAAUCUCUAAUCUAG